CCCGCGGCGCUAGCGGAGCCAAGAUGGCGGCCGAGCUGGAAUACGAGUCUGUGCUGUGUGUGAAGCCCGACGUCAGCGUCUACCGGAUUCCGCCGCGGGCCUCCAACCGCGGUUACAGGGCUUCUGACUGGAAGCUAGACCAACCUGAUUGGACUGGUCGUCUCCGAAUCACUUCAAAAGGGAAGAUUGCCUACAUCAAACUGGAAGAUAAAGUUUCAGGGGAGCUCUUCGCUCAGGCGCCAGUAGAGCAGUACCCUGGGAUUGCUGUGGAGACUGUGGCCGACUCCAGCCGCUACUUUGUGAUCAGGAUCCAGGAUGGCACCGGGCGCAGUGCGUUUAUUGGCAUCGGCUUCACGGACCGGGGAGAUGCCUUCGACUUUAAUGUCUCCCUGCAAGAUCACUUCAAGUGGGUAAAGCAGGAAACCGAGAUCUCCAAAGAAUCGCAGGAAAUGGAUAGUCGUCCCAAGUUGGAUUUAGGCUUCAAGGAAGGGCAAACCAUCAAGCUGAGUAUUGGGAACAUUACAGCCAAGAAGGGGGGUGCUUCUAAGCCCCGGGCCUCAGGAACGGGGGGCCUGAGCUUACUCCCACCUCCUCCUGGAGGCAAAGUCACUAUUCCCCCACCGUCCUCCUCCGUUGCCAUCAGCAACCACGUCACCCCACCACCCAUUCCAAAAUCUAACCAUGGAAGUAAUGAUUCAGAUAUCCUGUUAGAUUUGGAUUCUCCGGCUCCUGUCCCGACUUCAGCACCAGCUCCAGCUCCAGCUUCUACAAGCAAUGACUUGUGGGGAGACUUUAGCACUGCAUCCAGCUCUGUUCCAAACCAGGCUCCACAGCCAUCUAACUGGGUCCAGUUUUGAGUCGCAUUGGCAAGAAGUUGAGGACACUUGAAGAAUAAAAAUGACCUCAAGGGCACCAUUCUAUGAGGGAGUUGAGGGACGGCUUAAUUUCCCAGGACCCAAAUCAGUGGUCAGUCUUUCCUGUAGCUUCUCUGUGCAUUCAGGCUGGAUUUUUUUUUUUUUUUUUUUUUUGGUUACCUCUGUGUUACUUGCUGUAUAUCCAGGAGACAAUCUGCUGUUUCCUGCUCAGAACCAAGCAAGGGAAUAGUGGGUAUUAUCACACUGACUGACUUUGCA